AUGAGUCCAGUGCAUAGGCAUGAAGGCGGGUUUAGGGAUGAGGACGACAGCCAUCCUUCCCCCCAUCGGCACCGCCAUCAGCAUCAUGAGGUUGCACCCCCUGCUCCCAGAGCUGCUGAACCGAACCGGCCAAGGCAGCGCCCUGAGGUCCAACAGGAGAGGAAACCGGAGCCUGCUCCCCGACAAGAACGCCGACAGCCGGCAAAGGAAGCCAACUUGUUCAGCGAUGAGCCUAUCGGGUACGUCUCUCCUGCUCGUCGACGCCGACCUGCCGAAGUUGCCUCACCCGCACGCCCCACCGUGCCUCCCGAAGCAGCAACCCCUCCUCAACCGAAACCCAGGCCACAGCGGCCUUCGGUUCCGAUCACUCCUGCCGCUCGUUCUGCUUCGGACACGAACAAGGCGAAGGGAACAGAGUUUUUCAGACUUGGCCAGUUUGCCGAGGCGGAAGUCGCGUACUCGAAAGCCUUGGAUGUGCUCCCUGAGGGGGCUAGUGCGAGGAUCUUGGUUCUCAACAACAGGGCUGCGUCGAGACUCAGGACUGGAAACUCGGCAGGUGUGGUGGAAGACUCCGGGGCUGUUCUUACCCUUCUCGUCCUUGACGGAGCGGAAUACAACCCAACCAGUGAGGAAGACUGGGAAGGGGUCAAACUCGGUGAUGCUCUCGUUAAAGCCCUCACUCGGCGAGCUGAGGCGUGGGAGAUGAGCGAGAAGUGGGACAAGGCUGCCGAUGACUGGCAGAGGGUGGUCAGUCUGGGGACUUGGAUCGGUAAACCAAAAUGGGAUAUCGCCAAUCGGGGAUUGGAUAGAUGUAAGCGGAUGAAGGGCGGUGGAGAAACGGCCACCGCUCCAGCGGUCUCAAAGCCGAAACCAAAACCAAAGCCAGUUGUGAUCGGUGCCCCGGGAAAGCCUUCAGAAGCAGUUACUAGGUUGCAGCAAGCGAACCAGGAGCAAGACGAAGAGGAAAACCUACGAGCACAGCUUAAGGAUAGCGUCGAUGCUCGCCUCAUCGCGUGGAAAGGAGGUAAGGAGACCAACAUCCGUGCUCUUAUCGCGAGUUUGGACAUGGUCCUCUGGGAGGAGCUGGAGUGGAAGAGGGUCAAUCUUGGCGAAUUGGUCAGCCCCGCACAAGUGAAGGCAAAAUAUGUGCGAGCGAUCGCUAGGCUGCAUCCUGACAAGCUGAGUGCAUCGAAAGCAACAGUCGAGCACAAGAUGAUAGCCAAUGGUGUGUUUGGCGCGCUCAAUGACGCGUGGAACGCAUUUCAGCAGCAAGGAUAAUUGAUUGAGGCCUGUAUGGAGACAUAGAAUUCUGAAUGUUUGUAUUCAAU